GUUUCAAUCAUCAAAACUUUUUGAACACAAUACCUUUGUCUCUUUCAACAAGUGAAUAGAGGUUUCAAGCAUGUUCAAGUUCAUGCGUUGGUCGUUUGUUGUUACUUCAUUUGUCGUGUAGGCGCACUUCAAACCCGAAAUACGGAAGAACGAUAUGACAGUAAUCAGCCGACAUAGCCAUGCGCGUGAUGCACCGUCUUCUUUUAAUGAUGAACGUUUUCAUAAAUGACUGAGUUAUAUUGAAUAACCAAAAGGAACAUUGUGGUUCCUGUACACAUUGAAAACGGAUGAAGUGAUAGCCACCUACAUUCCGUCACCAAGAAGUAUCAAACGUCGACUAUAAAUUAAAGCUCUAAUAGUUCUGAGCGGAUUUUAAACAAAGUGUUUACCGAACAAGACAGAAGCGAUCAAAGGGAUAUUACUGCAAGUAAUUUUUACGACACGGAUGUUAAAUGCAGUGUACAUAUUUACAGGCAAGAUGGACGGCUGUGUGUUUUCUGUAAUUGUGUCUGCAUUGACAAUAGCAUUCUUUAGUUCGAUUCGAACAGAGAGAGCUGGUGCUACGCCUUAUGGUGCGUACUCAGUCCACGAUGAUGCGUUCUCGUGGUCCCUAUGCAACACCACGGAAGUUCCGAUUGUCAUGGAAAUGCUGAUCAUAAAGCCAAACCCAUACCAGUAUGGACAGAAAAUAAACGUGAGCUUGGUGGUCAAUGUGACAGAGGAUAUACCGAAUAUAUAUCCAAUAGAGAUCGAUAUCAAAGUGAUGUUGAGGAUGGGUCCCGAGUAUUAUGAUAUUUGCAUAUUCAAGGAGUCUCUGUGUCACGUGACUGAUCUAUGUGAGCUGGUGCACAGGGAGUCGGGUUUCAAAUGUCCAAACUCUUUUCAAAAGAACAUCUACAACUUUAACGGGUCGAUUCCGGUGAAGCAUUCAAAUCCCGCCCCAACAGGCCGAUUUAACGUAACCGCCAACAUUUCAACGAACAAACGACAGUUAGUUUGCCUCAACGUACAGUUUUGUAUUAGUCAUUGCGACGACUAGAAGACAACAGAGAGGCGGUCGCUUUAGUAAUGUCCGAUUGUUGUAAAUGUAUAGUGUUGUAAUAGAAGACUGUAUUAUGAGUUUCAUUUGAUGAUCGCAAUCAUGCAUUCCUUUCACUAUAACACAAAUUGCCAGUGUGACAUGUAUUGGUUUUGUUUGUAAGUCUUAUGACAUACAUAAAGCAAAAACAGAUUUGUA